AAAAUUAGCGUAAAUUUUGAAAACAAGUGACGUAAUUGAAAAAAAAAUUGAGAGUUGAAAAUUUUCGAGCGAACAAUGUGAUUGGAAAAAAAUGAACAACGAUUUCUUAUUCCCCUUAAAUUUAAUCCCCCUCUUAUGCUCCUCUGAACUUGAUUUUUUUUGUUUUCCUCAGUUAUAGUUUCUCGCGUUCGCGCAAGGAUAUAUAAAAAAUUCAAAUUUUCAAAUUUAAUCGCCUCCCGUGCUCCUCUAAACUUGAUAUUUUGUUCCGCAGUUUAUAGUUUCUCUCGCGUUCGCGUAAUGAUAUAAAAAUUUCAAAUUUUCAAAUUUAAUCCCCUCUCAUGCUCCUCUGAACUUGAUAUUUUUUUUUCGCAAUUUAUAGUUUAUCGCGCUCGUGUAAUGAUAUAAAAAUUUCAAGAAAUAUAUUUUUUUUUCGAUAUAAAGUGUGUGAAAAAUGCAGCAAAGACGUGAACCGAGAUUGUAUCAAUUUGGAGGAUACGAUUAUAGAAAAGUCAGGGCUCAGGAAACUGUAAUGUAAUUAUUACAAUUAAUUUGAUUGAUUGAUAAAAGUCUUUAUAGCCAUUUUUAACUUUAUGUUCAGUCCGCUAACUUUCAACUGAAAGUCGUUGCGACCAUAUUUUUAAAAAAUCUGAUUUUAAUUUAUGUGAAACUUGAUGAUCUUAUGAGUUCAUUGACCACAAUAUUAUGGUGAAAAUGUUAUUUACUUUAAUAAUAUUAAUUAUUCGAAGCAGGAGGUUCACGACGUGAUUUCGUAAUCUUAAAUGUUGCACUUUUUUUGUAAACGUUAUUUACAUAUUUUUCUAUUUUCAAAAAAAAUGAGAGCAAUGUGAUAUUUUUUGUUAACUUCAAGUCCUGGAAUUAACCUUUUUAAGUAAACAAUUUUCAAAUUUAUUAUUUCCGAUACGGAGCAAAAAACCCUUACCAAAUUUUCAUAGCAGGUAAAUUAUAUCAAUAUUAAAAUAUGUGCGAAAUCCCAAAGUUUUUGAAGCAUCCAGAAAAAAUGUACAAGCUUCGAGAAAAACCCCACCUUUUUUUUGCUCAAUUUUUUUUGGGAAUUGUGUUCACAGGGAAGAAUACUUUCCAUAAGAAUUUAACUUGUGCCCGAUUCUGGUACAGGAUAAAAAAAAUUUUCUAUUCUUUCAAAGAAAAACAUCAUUUUUCUCCAAAAAUACACUAGAUGUAAAAAAUUUCUUGCACAAAAGUUGUUCCUCUUUGAAAGACCUAAAAGACCAUGUCAAGCCUGCCUGAUUUGAAAUGAAUUCGGUCUGAAGUCUAGUAAAGUUCCACGUUACCGAAUUCGUAUUUUACCUUGGCGUUUGAUUUUGUGAAUGACCCGUAUCCACGAGUUUUAAAACCGAUAUAAAAUUAGGGCACAACGUUGGCAACUGAAGUGUGAUUUCAGGGUGGCCACUAAAUUUUGUUGAUAAAAUUCAAGGCCAAUUCUAGUUUUUUUCCAGGAUAUUAAGAAAUUUUCAAAGUCUAAAAAUUACAGGGUGUCUUGCGAAACAUGUUUUUAAAAUUCCCGGAUUUCUCAAAUUUUAAAUCCAAUUUUUCCCAUAUUUUUUAAAAUCAUUCAUAGAUAUAUUCUAUUAAAAUAUUUUUAAAAACUCAUAAUUUUUGCUUUAAAAAAUUCGGAAAUUGUUUUUUUAGGAAUUCACGAAUAUUUUUGUAAAUUGCCUGCAAUUACUCGGGUUUUUUUCCCGGUGGAACUAAAAUCCCAACAAAUUCCCGGUUGCUAAAUACCCUGAAAUUAUCAUUUUAUAUAGAAAUAUGUAAAUUUGACAAGCAAAAAAAAACGUUUGUUGAGCAAAUCAGACUCUAGAUUGUGAAUUUUACCCACAUGUUUAUUUAUUUAGCAAUAAAAUUAGUAAAAUUCAAGGUUCAAGAAAAAAUUCAAGGCCAAUUCAAGGCUUUUUCAAGGUUUGACAAAAUUCACGUCAAAUUCCAAGUUUUCAAGGUUUCAAGGUCUUGUGGCCACCCUAGAUUUGUAAAAUAAGUUUUAUCGCGCUUCUCGUCACUCCGGAUUCAAUUUCGAAUCAAUGAGUAAGCAGACAAGUGUUUUUACGCAAAUCAGAAGAAGUCGCGCCCAUUACGGUUUCUCACAUUUUUUAUGACAAUCGUACAAGAAUAGUUACUCUUCUAUUGGCCUUGUAAAGUACAUCUGAGAUGCGCAGAUAGAAAUAUUCGCUGUCCAGGAACUGGAAAGUUUGACAUUACAACUGCUGUAUUUAGUUUGAAAAGGGAUCACUGUCAUAAUCCAGUGACGAGCUUCACACGCGAAGAAAAUAACUCUUUUGUGGAUGAGUUAAAGAGAACUGCAAAAACGCAGUUAGAUAAUUUAGAAACGCUAUACGAACGGGUAGCACAGUUUCACCAGAAUGCAGCACAGCGAAUGCCCUUUCGCCAAGUGAAGAGUACGAUGGAAAAGGCGAGAAGGGAGAAUGCUCCCGAUACAGUUAUAAGGUCCAUCGAAGAUUUCAUGCGGAUAAUAAAUUCUGCGGAAGGAACUCACAUGCGCCAGCACAAAAGUGGACAAUUAAAAUAUGAAUUUGACCCGGAAAGUCAAUCAAUUCUAAUUUUAGACGAAGCUUUCUGCCGAUCCGUUUGUGUCGAGAGUAAUUCGUUUUUUAUUCAUAAACGAAACAUAAGAUUUCUACAGAAUGUCGGAUGCUCAGCUUUAUUGUCAUUCAUGAUUCUGUGGAAAGAAUCUUUUGUUCUACCAAUGGCCCAUGUACUCCUCACGCAAACAUCAGAGGCAGUGUAUGUUGCAGUAUUAGAAAAAAUCAGUACUCUCGUCAACGAAUUUAAAAUCGCAAAUGUAACACUACCAAUCAACCGAGAGUUAAAAAAUGCCAUCGGUUUGACUUUUCCCGAAGCGGAAGUCAACGAGAGUUUAAAUUCGUUUUCGCAAAAAGUGUUCGCAUUGUAUCUGAGAAACAAUUUGGAAAUGAAUUUGGACCAAGUUAUUGGAAAUAACGACGAGCAGGAGAGUAAUAUGAAAUUAUUACUACAAAAUAUGCUGGUUUUGCCACUGCUCCCGGCAGUCGAUAUCCCUUUAAUGUUAAACGAUUGGCGACAUGAAGAUUGGGGAGAAAAUGCGGAGAGCGUCAGAAUAUUAUUAAUUGGGAUCGAAGAAGUGAUUAGAGGGAUAAAUAUGGAUAUUGAUUCGAUGUACAAAAAACCUCUCUCACUAACAAAUGUCUUCGAACUAUUCGACAACAGGCUGAAGGCAAAUGUCAACGCCUCUGACGUUUGGCAGUUCGCAAAGGGAAUCGCUGCUCUCCAAAACCGAAUUUAUCUUGAUAAAUUAAAUAUCAGCCUAAAAAAAUAUCAACUCUCGCAGUCGCCGAGAUAUUUAAGUAAGGCAUUGGUAUCAAAUAUAAAAGAAAAAUGGGUUUUGCUGGACGAGGAGAAAAUAACAAAAAAGGAAUUCCUAACCAACGCAUUUUAUUUAUUUGGCGAGGAAUUGAAAAAUGUCGUUUUGUUUCGCAUGAGAAACAACCGUGUCGAGGAUGAAGAAAAUGCAGUUCAUUUCGAGAAUGAAUUUCAUUUAAGAAAUGCACUCGAUUUGGCGCAAGAAGUUCAUUUGGAGAACGAACUGGAAAAUGAAAAUGACAUUGGAGCAGAACCUCGAAACCAAGAGAAUCACGAAGUGAUUCAAGAUGAUAGAAAUGAAAGGACUGGAGCAACGUGCUGCAUUUGUCAGGUCGAAACUCCAACAAUGGCAUUCGUGCCAUGUGGACACAAAAUCAUCUGCGAGGAGUGCGAGCCGAAUUUCAGGGAACAGGGCAACAACACAUGUCCAAAUUGUAGGGAUGAGUUUGUCUUUCUGGUCCGUAUAUAUCAAUGAGUCCACCAAAGCAGAAGCCAUUUCGUAAACGAUCGAUAAAUCGUUUUACAUCCGCCGCAUUCCCAUCCGAAAAGUAAUUCCUUGACGGCGCCCAUUGCCGCUUGAAAGGUCGCGUCCCAAUUCAUCGUAGUCGUCAUAAAAUCAAUCUCCCCGGAGUAAAUGUGCUGUAACCCUAUUCUGCAGCAUUUUAUGCGGUGACUUUAGUUUUCCACGUUCCGGCAAACACUCGCGUACCCAUUGCUCGAAAAAUGAGUCGCCACCUUCCUCGAGAACGUCACAACCGUAUGUCGACACAAUCGAGUAGAGUAUCAAGAA